AGAUUCAAAACAACGAGCCAUUUCAUGGAUGAACGCCAAUCAACAUUGAAAGCUAAUAGAGGUCAGUCAAAUGAGGUAGGUGACCGGCUUUUACGCGUUCAACUCAAUUAGAUGAGUGUUUACUGUCUUAACCAUGGCUGAAUCAACUCUGGCAGAGAGUUUAAAGGAAAUACUGACUUGUCCUAUUUGUGAAAGACUUUACAGACAACCCAAAACCUUGCCAUGUUUUCACAGCUUUUGCUUUAACUGCUUGAAAGAGCUCCAACGAGCGACAAAGCUGUUCGAAAAAUUACGCUGCCCUGUUUGUAAUUAUGGAUUUUAUUUUGAGGAUAGAGUCGCGUUACAAGCACUUCCAUCGCCUUAUUUUAUCAGCUCUUUACAAAAUGUUCUUGACUGUGGUCAGGAUAAAGUGGAAUUAUCGUGUGCUGGCUGUGACAGACACACCUCGGCUACUUCGUUUUGCUUUGAUUGUAAGUGUCUUAUUUGUCAAGAAUGCAUUGAGGUCCACGACAACAUGAAGCCCAUGAGGUUGCAUCGAAUUUUGGAACUACGAAAUAUUUGUUCUAAGGAUUUAAGAGAACUUGUUCAAGAAAUGAGGAAUUGUACUCAAAAGUCUCAUGAAARUGAGCCUUUGGCGUUCUUUUGUGUUGACUGUGGGGAGUGUAUUUGCGAGAAAUGCCAGACAGGAAUACACGAGUUGCAUAGAUUAAACAAACUUAACGAUGCAAAACUAGAAAGCGAGCAAGAAAUCAACUCAUACAUCGAUAAACUAGACGUCAAAAUAUCAACCUGUAAAUAUGUCCUCCAAAAGACCGAAGCUGAUUAUAACCGUGCUGUAGGGAAGAUUGUGGCGGUGAGAACGAGCGUUCGUGAUAAAAUCAACGCUUUGGUACGUGUUCUUAGAAAUCACGAGAAGGCAAUGGUCAGUGAACUCGAACGCAUUCAACUGGACCUAAGACAGGAAAUUUUCCUUAAUAAGCAGGAUUAUGAAGAUAAGCUACUACAAAUGGAGAAAGCAAGAGAUACCGUAGAAGGGAUUAUCGAUAGGGAUAUUGACAUUGAAAUACUUAAUCUUCGUAAUUCGUUAAUAGGAAGGAUUAAUGAUCUGUUGAACGAAAGGAUUGAAGAAGCGAGACACAAGUCUAUAAACGUUGACUAUCACCACAAUAAUCGAAUCCUUGGAGUAUUGGAAAGUACAGACUUUGGACAAAUCAAGCUGAGCUUUACAGAUCCAUCUUGUACAGAAGUGAUCAGCGAUAGUCUUGAACAAGCGGUGACCGGGGCAGGAGAACGAAUGCUUUUCGAAGUCGUCACCAAGGAUUCCGAAAGUAACAUAAGCUAUUCGGAAGACGAUCGGCUUGAGGUAUCCAUCGAAUCCGAGAAAGGCAAUACUCUUCAACCCAGGGUAGAAGAUUUGAAAGAUGGGCAUUAUAAGGUCAGUUUCAUUCCCUUAAGACCUGAUUUGUUGACAAUACACGUCACGGUAAUGGGACAGCCAAUCCACGACAGUCCUUACCAAGUAUAUGUCAAGUCAAGAAUGGAAUACCUUAGGCAAAGCCUGAGUACCCCAUCCAUAGGAUCUGUCAGCAGUAGCGUCAUGACACCGCUAUGCAUCCUGGGAUUKAACAGGGGUCAUUUUGGUCGUCCCUGUGGAGUAGCCGUAAAUGAAGAUGACGUCAUUGCUGUAGCGGAUUCCAGAAACAAGAGAGUUCAUAUUUUAGGUUUAGAAGGGAAAAUCCUGCGUCGACUAGGAGAAGAUGGGAAUUCUAAUACGACAUUAUCCAAUCCAAUAGGCGUGGCGUUCGACCAUGAUAGCAAUGUUCUAGUCACAGACAGCGAUAGUCAUGUCGUCAAAGUCUAUAAUCCCUCAGGAGAAUGUAUACAGACGUUUGGAAAAAGACACCUUGAGCGACCUCUGGGUUUGUGUUGUCUUCCCGACGGCUCUUGCUUUGUUUGUGAUUCCCUUUCUAGAAGCGUUAAGAUGUUUUCCCCCAAAGGAAUUUACGAAGGGGAUUUUAGAAGUCCUGAUUUUCAUCCCUCUGGCAAACGCGUUGCUCCUUACUUCAUAACUCGACACAAAAAUAAACUCUUUGCUAGUUUUGAUGAUCAUUCGGUCCAGGUCUUCGACGAGGGAGGAAUGUUCCUUUACAAGAUAGGAGAGAAAGGACACGGUGAAGGCCGAUUCAAGGACCCCAGAGGAUUGGCUGUUGAUUCACGCGAUCGGUUAUUCGUGAGUGAUUCGGGCAAUCAUCGUGUGCAAGUAUUUUCCAGCGAUGGGAGGAUCUCGAUGUUCGGUUCGUAUGGAGCACAGCUCGGACAGUUUGAUAAGCCUCAGGAUCUUGCAAUAACUGUGGAUGGGACAGUUGUCGUUACAGACUUUAACAAUGCUAGAUUACAGGUAUUUCGACAGGAAACGUAUUGAUGUUAGCGUAUCUUGCGUCGAUGUUCGUAGUUCAAGAUUCCAAGUUCAAGAUUCGUUCUAGUUAGGGUUGUGCACUCACCUCGCCCAUUAGGUUUCGGCGGGGCAUUGGACCUCCCUCGAUUUUCUCCAGGUUCUCCGGUUUUCCUCCCUCUGCAAAACCUAAUACGCUUAAUUCCAAUUCAAUCUGUGAAUUAUUCGCGCCUUAACUUAGAGUCAUUAGCCCAGAGGUUGUUUCAGGGUUUUAUCUGUGAUUUUGCAGUCUGCUCUGACUUUGAUCAGCCCAGAGGUUGUUUCAGGGUUCAAUCUGUGAGUUUGCCAUGCCCUGACUUUUUUCAGUCCAAAGGGUUGUGUCUGGUUUCGAUAAAAUAGCAUGAUGUUGGGAAACGCUUUUUUCUUCCUGGAAAACGAUGUUCAAUUAAAAGUUGUUCUGUGAUCUCGAAGUUUUUGUAAUUUUAAUAUCUUUAAUUCACUAACAAUUUUCAAAAAAUAAAAUAAAAUAAAGAA